AUGCCCUCCGCCGCCGAGAACCUGCCCGCACCCGUGGCCGACAAGCUCCCGCGCCUGCCAGAGACCAAGGACGAGCUUCGAGAAACCAAGGCGGCCGCCAAGUCGGGCCUGCUGUCGCAGCUGCGCGCCCUGGCCGCCGGCGGCUUCGGCGGCAUCUGCGCCGUCGUCGUCGGCCACCCCUUUGACCUGGUCAAGGUCCGGCUGCAGACCGCCGAGCGCGGCGUGUACUCGUCGGCCGUCGACGUCGUGAGGAAGAGCGUCGCGCGGGACGGCCUGCGGAGGGGGCUGUACGCCGGCGUGAGCGCGCCCCUCGUAGGCGUCACGCCCAUGUUCGCCGUCUCCUUUUGGGGCUACGACCUCGGCAAGCAAAUCGUCUCGGCCGCGGGCCCCGCCGGCCCCGACGGCCUCCUGUCCAUCGGCCAAGUCUCGACGGCGGGCUUCCUGUCCGCCAUCCCCAUGACGGCCAUCACGGCGCCCUUUGAGCGCGUCAAGGUCAUCCUCCAGGUCCAGGGCCAGAGGCGGCUCGCGCCCGGCCAGAAGCCCAAGUACACGGGCGGCCUCGACGUCGCGCGCCAGCUCUACCGCGACGGCGGGCUGCGCAGCGUCUUCCGCGGCAGCGCCGCCACCCUCGCCCGCGACGGCCCCGGGUCCGCCGCCUACUUCGCCGCCUACGAGUACAUCAAGCGCGCGCUGAGCCCUGUCGACGCCGCGACCGGCCGGCCCACCGGCGAGCUGAGCCUCACGGCCGUCACUUGCGCCGGCGCCGCCGCCGGCGUGGCCAUGUGGAUUCCCGUCUUCCCCGUCGACACCGUCAAGUCCCGGCUGCAGACGGCCGAGGGCAACGUCACCCUCGGCAGCGUCGUCCGCGAGCUCCACGCCAGGGGCGGCCUGAAGGCCUUCUUCCCCGGCUUCGGCCCUGCUCUGGCCCGCGCCGUGCCCGCCAACGCCGCCACUUUUCUGGGCGUCGAGCUGGCUCACCAGGCCAUGAGGAGGGCCUUCGACUAG